UUUUGCCACAGGUGCUGAUGUAUUUGCCUUGCUAUUGUAUUACAUUAUAUAUUCAAUAAUCAAUGUGUCGGGUGUUUCUCCUGUAACUCUCCGUUGACUAACAAAUGCCAAGGAAGAUGGAUACCGGAGCGGAAAAAUCAAGUCUUGAAUCACAUCUGAUACUGAACCAGGAAAGAAGCCAUGGAGUUGAUGGGGAGGUAUCUCAACAAGGUUGUUUUUGCGGAGAGGAUUUUAUUGGCGAAGCAAAGAAGCAACUGUGGCUUGCAGGGCCUCUUAUAGCAGUGAGUUUGCUGCAGUAUUGCUUACAAGUAAUAUCGAUUAUGUUUGUUGGUCAUCUUGGCGAGCUUGCUCUUUCAAGUGCUUCCAUGGCAUGCUCCUUCGCUUCAGUUACUGGUUUCAGUGUAUUGCUAGGAAUGGGAAGUGCAUUGGAGACGCUGUGCGGGCAAGCCUAUGGUGCCAAACAAUACCACAUGCUUGGUAUUCACACACAGAGAGCAAUGCUAACACUCCUAACAGUAAGCAUCCCUCUAGCAAUCAUUUGGUUUUACACUGGCACCCUUCUCUUAUCUUUAGGCCAAGACGCUGAGAUUUCAGCAGGAGCAGGGACAUUUAACCGCUGGAUGAUUCCAAGCCUUUUCGCUUACGGGCUGCUUCAAUGCCUUAACAGAUUGUUACAAACCCAAAAUAAUGUUUUCCCUAUGAUGCUAAGCUCCGGGGCCACAUCUUUGCUGCACAUUCUUGUGUGCUGGGGUCUUGUUUUUAAAUCUGGACUCGGAAGUAAAGGUGCUGCCUUGGCGAUUACUAUUUCGAAUUGGAUUAAUGUAUUUCUGCUAGCAAUAUACGUAGAGUACUCGCCUACUUGCACGAAAACCUGGACCGGCUUUUCAAAAGAAGCUUUGCAUGAUAUUUUCAGCUUUGUAAAGCUUGCAGUUCCUUCAGCAAUCAUGAUAUGCUUGGAGUAUUGGUCAUUUGAGAUGGUGGUUCUGUUAUCUGGUCUUCUCCCAAAUCCCAAACUAGAGGCAUCUGUGCUAUCAAUAAGCCUUAACACAUGCUGGAUGGUCUAUAUGAUCUCUGUAGGCCUUGGUGGAACCAUAAGUACAAGAGUAUCAAAUGAACUGGGGGCUGGGCGCCCACAAGGUGCACGUUUGGCUAUCUGUGUUAUGAUCAUCAUCGCCCUGUCAGAGGGUGCAGCGGUUGGAAUUACUACAAUUUUGGUACGCCAAGUAUGGGGAAAUCUCUACAGCAAUGAAGAAGAAGUGAUAACAUAUGUUGCUAAUAUGAUGCCACUGCUAGCACUAUCUGACUUUUUGGAUGGAUUCCAAUGCGUGCUUUCAGGAGCUGCAAGAGGAUGUGGGUGGCAAAAUCUGUGUGCAUUUAUCAACCUUGGAGCUUACUAUGUUGUGGCAAUUCCUUCAGCUGUUCUCCUUGCUUUCAUCUUCCAUAUUGGAGGCAUGGGGCUUUGGAUGGGGAUCAUAUGUGGCCUCGUUAUGCAAGUUGUAGCGCUUGUUUCUGUAAAUGCAUGUACAGAUUGGGAUCGAGAGGCAGCUAAAGCCAUCAGUCGAGUGAAAGAAACUGACAUUGACUCGCAUGGAACAUAGAGCUGGGGUGACGAAACAAGUGAUGAGACAAGUUGUUGUCCAUGGAUUUGAAUAUCACUGAGAUUUCAAAGCAAACUGUUGCCUGAAGUCGAAUGCCUGUUCACACAGCAAAAAUUAACCAAUACAGGUAAAUUAGAGAGAUAAUCAUUUUAAAAAUAAAAAAAAUACUUUAGGCAUGAUUAAAAAAGCCAAAGAGUACUUUGGCAAUUGGCUGAAACAUACACAUCGAACUGUUCGAUUAUUAUUUUUAUCAACCUCGUCGAGUUUAAUUGCAUUUGUAUCAAAUGUCAGAAUGUGCACAUCAUUAUUGACACGUUUUAUAUAACAUGAGUAGUU